AUAACAAACUAACAACUUAUACGCAUUGAUCAACGGCGGACAAUAAUCGGAACUAAACAUUAGUAAAAUCGAGAUGAAACCCAGACCAGAAGAAAUAUCUGACUAAAAGUUUGGGUUUGGGGACCCAGCUACACAGCAAAGCCAGGCAGCUUGUCUUUCUUCAGCUCUGGAUUGGUCUCUUCUUAUUGAUAAUUUUUUAGGGUUAAGAUGAGCUUUUCUGGCCCUUCCAUGAGUUCCGGGGGCAAAGCUGUUAAAAGAACCCAUGAGUUUGGAAGGACUUAUGUGGUAAGGCCCAAAGGUAAACACCAAGCUACUGUGGUUUGGCUUCAUGGUCUUGGUGACAAUGGUUCUAGCUGGUCACAGCUCUUGGAGACCCUUCCUCUUCCAAAUAUUAAAUGGAUUUGUCCAACUGCCCCUACUCAACCAAUGACUUUAUUUGGUGGCUUUCCAUCCACUGCUUGGUUUGAUGUGGGAGAUCUUUUGGAAGAUGCUCCUGAUGAUUUAGAGGGUUUAGAUGCUGCAGCCUUGCAUGUUGCAAAUUUGUUAUCAACAGAGCCUGCUGACAUUAAAAUUGGUAUUGGAGGCUUCAGUAUGGGUGCAGCAACCUCACUAUACUCUGCAACCUGCUUCACUCAAGGAAAAUAUGCAAAUGGCAAUCCAUACCCUGCCAACUUAAGUGCAGUUGUGGGACUAAGUGGCUGGCUUCCAUGUUCAAAGACUUUGAAUAGCAAAUUAAGAGGAGAUACUGAAGCUGCAAGACGUGCUUCAUCUUUGCCCAUUUUGCUUUGUCAUGGCAGAGCUGAUGAUGUGGUUCAAUAUAAAUUUGGUGAGAAGUCCUCACAAGCCCUCAGUUCAAAUGGGUUUGGGGAUGUGACAUUCAAAUCUUAUAAUGGGCUUGGUCACUACACUGUCCCUGAAGAGAUGGAUGAGGUUUGUGCUUGGCUAACAUCUAAAUUGGGACUUGAAGGGGGCUCUUCAUAACGUGACAGCUGCAAAUCUUGAUUUCAUAACUACGAAGAUGAAGGCAAAAAUUGGUUACGGUUGCAAGGAUAAAAAUUUAGCAGCUCAAAAUGCAUGCCCAUGCAUUCCCAGUGUUGCAUUUCAUAUUGUUUUACUGUGGAGGAUCUACAGGAAACUUUAUUGGCAAAUAUUUAGGAACAUCUGAUUUGGGUCAUCAACUUUCAUUUGCAAAGGAGUUUUAUUGAUUUGUCAUAAAAUCUGGAUGGUGAUUGCUAUGUUUUAA